GUUUGAUCCUUAUCGGGAAAAGAAACAAAAAAGUGUUAAAGUACAGAAAGCAGUGGUGUGAAAGCGAAAGAAAACAGAGGCAAUUGAGAUGGAGAGCGUGGGAGGUUUAGCGAUGCACGAGAUACUAUCGAAGCUGGGAGCAAGAGAAACAGCGAUAGUGAGUUGUGUGAGUCGCAACUUCGAAGAAUGGGCUUCUGACGACUCUCUUUGGGCUGAAUUCUGUGCCCGAGACCUUAAUCUCUCUUCCCCUCUCGACCCUCUUGGAAAUCUCGCUCCCUCUUUCAAGACAGCUUAUCAAGCAUGGCGUAAAUCUUUUCUUAUGUAUUCUUGGCCCCUAGUUGUUCGAGUUAAAACAUGCUGGGGAAGAAUUAUUACUUGGUUGGAUGCCAAUUUUCCUGAGGUUGUGCCAACUCUGUGCAAGGGUGCCACUGAAGAUGAACUAGAUUCUCUCGAGAAGUCUUUGAAACUCAAGUUACCUCUUCCGACAAGGCUUCUCUAUCGCUUCUGCAAUGGUCAAAAUCUAGCUCAGGGUGAAUUUGCUCCAAGCUUCCCUGGAAGUCCAUUGGGCCUCAUUGGAGGCUACUCCUUUUAUGGCCAUCUCGUAAAUGUCUGCCUUUUGCCUCUGGAUCUGGUCAUAAGUGUAACCGGUGAUAUCUGUGACCAUCUUUUUCCAAGCGCUGGACCUAAGUAUGUUGUUGUGGCAGCUUCCACAACGGAAAGUGAAAAGUAUUUUUUUCUCAACUGUGCCAAUGGUCAAUUAUAUGUUGGUACAAGGAAUCUUUUUCAAGAUAGAGAAAUGCUUCCUUGUGUACCACCUGAAUUGAUUCAUUCCAUCCAUGAUGCCGGGGAUUGUCAACAACAGGAUGCUAUGUUAUUGUGGCUAGAAGAACAUAUUCGUCGCCUGGAAAGUGGCAUGAUUAAAGUCAGAGUUGAAAACAAUAUAAGAAGCAUCAAUCUAUUCCCAGAAGAACCCCCCUUGUGUUCCACUGCGGUAACAAAUGGUGUUCAGGUUCGCGCUUCUGCUCUGUUUGUCCCCGAGUACAGCGAUCUACAACUGGAGUCUGAUAAAUAUUUUUUCACAUACUCAAUCCGGAUGUCACUAAAGCCUGAAGGUUGUAUUGUCGAUGGGAUGCGCUUUGGGUCUUGCCAACUGUAUUGGAGGCAUUGGAUAAUCCGAGAAAAUGAUGAAAUUGUGUCAGAUGUAAAUGGAGAAGCUGUAAUAGGGAAGCAUCCACUCCUACAUCCUGGUGACAAGGAAUUUGUUUAUCAAAGCUGUUCUUCUCAAUGUCUAUCUCAAGGCUCCAUUGAAGGUUCUUUUACAUUUGUCCCUGGAAGGAUCCUCAGACAGGACAAACUCUUGGGACAGGCCGUAGAUGUGGAAGGUUGUUUGAGCUCACUUCCCUUCACCUGCCAACACCAAAAUCAUCAUCCUCUCAUCUUGUUGGUUCAGUCUCACCUACAUCUAGCGUAUGGCAUUCCCGAUUGACAGAUCCAAAAGGUGCCGAGUUCGAGGUUGAGGUACCCCGUUUUUUCCUCCAAUACCCUGACUACAUAUUCUGAUCCAGUUCGCCGCACAGUACCCUGACUAUGUAUUAUGAGUACAUAUUCGGUUUUGUAUUUCAAUUGCCUUAAGUACCUGGUUUAGUAUAUACUUUGAUUACCUGACCUGUUUCAGUAAGUUUGCAUUUUCAUGGGUGGUGUAUCAAAUAGCUUUCUGUAUAUAUAAUUAAAAAGCAGAGCUGGUCCAUGGCCAUUGGCCAGGAAGCUCUUGUAUAAUGGUCAGGGAGCUCUUAUACAAUCAUCAGUUUUCGAUGA